AUGAAGGUCUCGCCUCCACUCUUUCUUUUUGGUACAAUUUUUCUUUCUCAUCUUGGUGCGGCUGGUCCGUUGUGGCGCAAUGGAACAAGUAGGAACUUUAUACGAGGGGGUGAAAGGAAAAGAGAUAGCGUUACUCCAAUUGCGAUCACUAUUCUACCUGGUACGGUCACUUCUUCAAUAACCAGUUCUACAGCUCAGCUCGAAUCCACGUCGUCGAUAGAAGGAACCACCAUAUCCAGUACGAGUGCAACGGCUCUUUCUUCCCAGUCGAUUAGGACUUCAGCGACAUCCGUGGUACAAUCAACGGAGGGAUCAAAGACAACGGGAUCGAAAAGCGCGACGAGUACUUCUAGCACGUCAUCAGACGAAGAUAACGAAUCCAAGACGUCAUUGAGCUCUACUACAUCUUCGUCGCAGCUAGCGUCUUCAAUGAUAUUAAGUACAGGAGGUACAGCCCCGGCGCGAUCAAGUCAACUUCCAAAUACUGAAACCGGAGAUGGAAGUGGAAUUCCAACGGCAACAGAAUCGACACUUACUAUUACUCCGCCCCUAAAUACAGCGCCCACCGGGAAAUCUUCUACGAAGAGUGAAAUAUCAAGUCAGGAUACAUCUGAAUCACAGGCUAGUUCUUCGUCUUCGAGCCAGGUGCCUUUGCAGACUACGACUUUUGCGCCUCUGCCUACUAGUUUACCUGAGAGUAGCCUUACGGUGAAAGCUUCUUCAACAUUAUUAGACAGUUCGACACCAUCAAGUCAAAAUUCUGUUCAGACUACGACAUUCCCACUGCUUCCAACUACCUCUUCAAAGGCUACUGCAACCCCAGAAAGCUCUUCGGGUGAAACUUCCAAGGGACCUUCCUCAGCAACUUCAACAUCAAUACCCACAGUAGUGUCAAGUAUAUCAGUCGCACCAUUUGGUACUGGAAACUCAAGUACCGCAGCUACAGGGAUUCCGCAAAGUUCUAGUGAUUCGGAUCCGAGUUCUGGGCCUACGAUUGGUAUUACAACGGAAGCAUCUGAGAUCACUUCCCAGACUUCUAUAAGGGAAACGCUGUCACCUAUUACGGUUCCAUCAAGCACUGCUGGAGCCUCAAAUUUGGUGGAGAGUGUCUUAUCGACGAAGGGGACUUCGAAGGUUACGGCUCAACCGCAGAGCACAAUCGCGCAGUCUAGUAAGACGUCGACCCAAGGGCCAGGUUCUACCACAGAAAAGUCUGAGCAGAGCAUUAUUCCUCAAACCUCAAUAACGGCAGGUUCGUCUCAGACUACAUCAAGCGAUUCUCUGCAAACAACAGUUGUAUACGUAACCACGGUUGUUCCAUCUUCGACUCUUGGAGUUAUCCCAACCUCUUCAUCUUCAUCCACAACCUCAACUUCAUCUAUACAAGUAAAAACCACAAAGAUUGACUCCUCUGCAUCAUCUUUCUCUUCAGCGGCAACAACUAUCAAGACAUCAGAGGUCUCUGUGUUUUCCUCGUCUUCAGAGCCACAAACUACAGUUUUCCCUGAACUACCCACCACACAGCCUGCUAGCACUGCAGAAAUCUUCGUAACAACCGUAACACCAUCAACAAAAACAAGAGAAUCAUCUUCUAGCACCACAAUAAUACCCACCUCUACAUCCACCAUCAAAGAAACCACCAUUCAAGAAUCUGUCCUCGCACCUACAACCCAGAAAACCACAGCAGAUAUUCCCAAAACUACAGAAAUAGCCAGCACAAUAACCAUCAGUGUAAACACCGCAGAUUCGAACAACGGAGCUGUAACUGCAUUGACUAUUAUUCCUGUUACUGCUGGAUCCGGUUCAAAAUCUAAUUCUGGUUCUGGCAAUGACGCUCCUAAAACCACAACUAGUGAUGGAAAUACAGGGACAGCCACAUCCAUAACCAUCAUCAACGCCAGCCCCACAGCUACCACAACAGCCGGAGGUAAUGGUUUGGCACAGACUACACCUUCUCCUUCUCCCGUUUCUACGACUCCUGUACGCACAUCUUCGAGUGCGAUAGAUGAUGGGCUGGAAACAACGACGUUGAGUUUCUCGCCACCGAGAGAAACGAGUGUUACGAUUACUACUGCGCCUGUAGCGACGAGUACGAGCGCAGCAGGGAAUGUUUGUUUGGGGGUGGGAGGGGAUGGAAAGAUUACUAGUAUGAGUAGUUGCGUGGGUGGUGCGACAGAGACGGAGACGGAGACGGUGAGUGUGACGGUUACGGUUAGGGGAUAG